UCACACCCCGGCAAAUAAAAAAGUCUGAAUUCAUCUACAAGGCAAUAACAACGAAUGACAGCCGGCACAAAUGGAUCUCGAAUUGGAUAUUAUUGACUCACUGACUGCACUUGGCUAUGAGGGCGUGGAUCAGCCAUCACUGCAGAAGGCUGUGGCCGGUGGUAUCGGUGAUGCUGAAUUGCGUGAGGUGAUUUAUUGGCUGGCCAAUCAAUUACAUUUGCUGCGCAAGACGGACGAACAUGUGGCCAAUAGCAGUAAGGACCACAGUGAGUUUGCCUUCGAAUUGUCGCUACUGUUGACUGAGCUGGGAUGUCCCUAUCGUCAAUUUGUGGCCGUGCCGAUGUCGGAACGCUUCCAGACCAGUGACUCGCUACUGCAGUUGCUCAACUACUUAACAUCCGAGUUGAUGGCCACCAAGAUGUCACUGAAGCUGCAGCCGGCGGAGCCACCCAGUAAGAAAUCCAAGACUGAAUCCAAUUUACAAGCUGCUGUUAUACAGCUGACCAAAGAUCUGCAACUGGGUGAGAUUCCCAGCACAAUCAAUGUGAAGUCGCUCUUCGAUCGCUUGACGCCCAAGCUGGAUCAACGUUUGAAGCAGACGAACAAGGCAGUGGUCAGUGAGCCGCUGAUGAACUCGAACAAACCACUGACGGAUGCCCAGUGGCGUCAGCUGGAGGCCAUGCACAAGGAUCUGGAUGCCGAGUACAAUUUGCGGCGUCAGAUGAUGUUGACGCGUCUGGAGGCGACCGUUCAGAGUUUCCAGUGGUCGGAGAGCAUGAAGCAUCGCCAGAAGGAGAUAAACGAUCGAUUCCAGCAGAAGCUUAAACAGCUGGAUGCUCUCAAAUACGGCGGAGCAGACACGAACAUUGUGGCGCUGCUUGCGGCGCGUACAGAUCUUGCUAUCAUUGAGAAGACCAGCUCGGUGAAUGUGCGCAAAAAUACAGCCUCGAAGAUUGAGAAGCAUGUGAUUGGCAGCGUGCCGGAUCGCGGAGGACGCGCCAAUGAGCAUGCGCCGCCGCCGCCAGAGAUGCCUUCAUGGCAGCAGCAGCGAGCUGGCGGACUUGCUGGAGGAGGUGGACGUGGCGGUGGCGGUAACUAUCGCGGUGGCAAUAGAGGAGGACGUGGUGGAGGUGGAGGCGGAGGUCAGAACUGGCAGCAGCCACAGCAGCAGUAUCAACAGCAUCCGCAAGAACAACGAGAUCGCGAUAGAGGCGACCAGCAGUGGCUCAAUAGUAGUGGACGCGUGCAGGGCUCUGGCUGGAAUCCUCAAGCUGAUGGUGGUGGUGGACGUGGCGGUGGAGGACGAGGUGGUGGCGGCGGUUACCGUGGCGGAGGAGGAGGACGUGGUGGUGGUGGAGGCGGAGGUUAUCGCGGAGGGAGGAGGACGUGGUGGCUACAACCAACGAGGUGGCUUCCAUUAAAGCGGCGUGCAAUUAAACCAUUAUGCUGCUCAUUACCUAGAUUGAUAUUUAUAUUUAGCUUUAGCUAAGAUUGUAAUUAGAACUGUCAUAGUUUAUUAUUCUCUAACCAAUUCCCAGUCCCCGGCUCGUCUGUCACCUAAUUUAACAGCGGCUUUUGCCAAGGCCAUUAAA